CCUCUUGAAAUUUUCGGCCCCCACUAUAUUAAUUCCUACUUGGAGAUUUAAUUUAUUUUUGUUCCCUUGUUUAUGGAAUAUUCACCUUUAUUUCCUAAUUUAUGAAUAUUCUCUCCAAGUAAAUAAUUGCUAUAUUUCCUUAUUAAAUUUUCAGCCAAUUUUCGAAAAUGUGGCUCUUUAAAAUUGUGGGAUUCUUAUUCAUUGGUCUAUAUAUUUAAUUCCCCACAAUUUAUUCAUUUAAUUCAUGGAUUUUAACCUAAACUAUAAAUAUUAAAAGCUAAAACCCUAGCCCCCAUUCUUCAAAAAAAACGCCACCCUCUCUUCUCUCCUCUCCCACACGGUUUCUCCCAUUCUCCCACUCUCCCAUCUCCAAAAAAAAUCUUCCAUUCAAGCUUAUUCUUGCAUCCAUUGAAGUUGCCUUCAAGAAUCUCCAACGAAUCGCCUUGUUCUUCGCUUCUACCGAUUGGUUUUUGUCAAAGGAAGGGUGUUGUGUUUUCGUGAACUCGAGGAUCGAGAGUUGCUAGGUUGGGUUGUGAUUUUGCUAAGAGAACGAGAUCAACAUGCCCCCGAGACGUAGACGUGGUCCGCGUGUGGAGAACAAUGUGGGGGAGCAGACAGAAGGAAGUGUCGGCAAUCCACCCCCGCCUCCACCACCACCUCUACCCCAACCAAACGAAAGGGAGUACAUCAAAGCCUUUCGCAAAGAGAACCCACCCAAAUUCGACGGGUUGGGAGAGCCCCCGAAGGCGGAGGCAUGGGUGCGCGAUAUUGAGCGUAUCUUUGAGUUCAUGGGAUGCACGGACAGAGAACGCCUGGCCUGCGUGACUUAUCAGCUGACAGGACCCGCUGACUUUUGGUGGGAAACAAAGAAGAGAACCAUGGACCCCGCUCGCCGUGAGGCGCUUACUUGGGAGGAUUUUAAGGAAGAGGUGUACAACAAGUAUGUUCCGGAAAGUUAUCGGCGGGCGAAGGUAGUGGAGUUCCACACGUUGAAGCAAGGAAGUAUGACGGUCACAGAGUACGACCGCGCCCUAUGUGAGAUGACUCGCUAUGCGCCAGAAUUGGUGGAUAUAGACGAGAAGAUGGCUGCGAAGUUCCGUUCUGGCCUUAGGACAGAGAUAAGGGUCGCAGUGGCUAGUCGGAGGGGAAUUCCUUAUUCCGAGGUGCUGGGCUGUGCCUUAGAUGUGGAGGAAGCACUGCCCAAGAAUGAGAGGACAACAAACCCUACCCCAUCUGCACCCCAAGCGAACUUUAGAGAAAAGAGGAAAUGAGAGGGAAACCGAGCUUCUUUUGACAACAAGAGGCGUUUCUCCACUUUUCGGCAACCACAGAAUCAUGGGCGCCAAAUUGUGCCACAUCAGAGGGGAAACCCACAGAGAACAC